CGGAGAAGCAGGUUUGCCCCCCCCCGCUGGCGUGCACGAUGAUGUGCCGUAUGACUUCACGCGGUAAAUGGUAGGUAGCUGCUAGGUAGCAGCCUUGUUGUCGACUACUAUCGUCUGAGAAUCUGCGAUCUGGAGACGAGGGAGGGAAGACUGUAAAACAGGGAACCACAGAGGACCGUCUCGUGUUUAUAAAACUCUUCAGAGCAGCACAGCAGUAGAGUAGAGUACAGCAUCACAGCACGCAGUAUCACAGCACGCAGUAUCACAGCAACACAGCAACACAACCCACGAGCACACCACGCCCAGUCCAGCUCCUCCCACCCCAAACAACACCCACAAUGGUCGUGAUCUCCCGCGCCGUUUCCCUAGCCCUGCGCAGCGGCCAACUCAUUAGCGCGGUCAUAGUCGCCGGCAUAGUCGGGCACUACCUCGCGGUGCUGGACGAUGCGGGCCUGCACCCCGGUGAUCGCUUCAUCUACACCGAGGUAGUGGCGGGCCUUGCCAUCUUCACGAGCUUGCUCCUGCUGAUCCCGAUGACUUGGGCUAUGACGCCGCUACCGUGGGAUUUUGUCAUGUUCCUUCUCUGGAUCAUCUCCUUCGGUCUCCUGGCGGACUACCUCGCGCCCGCCUCGUGCACGUGGUACGCGGCGUGGUCGCCGGUUUACAGGCUCGGCGGAACUGUUGAAGAAGAGUGCUCAACCUGGAAAACCUCGCUGGCAUUCAUCUUCAUCUCUGCGAUGCUGUGGCUCGCCUCGUUCUUCCUAGGCCUCUGGGUCAUCCACCGCCUGAAGAAGGGAGGCAUUGCCACCAAGAGGAGGCCGUGGUACAGGAGUAACUACUAGGCGGGUGGUCACUGGUACCUAGGAGUGCAAGGGGUUGAUCGAGAAAUGAGUGAUGAUUGAUGAUUCGUGUUGGCACUCUUUGCGAGCGAGCGUUUGUGUUUUUCUUGGAGCGUUUCUAGCGGAUUUGAUUUUAAGCGAUGUGAGUAAUAGGGUGGGUUAUGUGUUGGCGAUGGGCGUAACAAUGGAUUUUCUUCAUACUGCA